CCGACCAAUAAUUUUCUUUACAAAAAUUUGGAUAGUGUGCAGAGUCUACAGUAAAGGAAGACAGAAAUCAGUUUAAAAUAGAAGAGAAAUCACAGAUCAUCAUUCCAUAAUACACUCUCAGCCACCAUUAAAAUACACUCUUCAGCUGAGCACUCUUACCAAAGAUUCCAAUUUUCUAACCAAUCUCUUCUCCUCCUUUUAUACCUACCGGUACGGCCACUGGGUCGCCGCCGGUGGUACCCUCAGUCCCCACUCCACCGCCAACUCCAAAAUAAAAAGGACCCACAUUCCCUCUUUCACUUACCUACCAAGUACUGCCCACAUAUAUCUGUAAUUCAAUUCAAUUCAAUCGAAAAAUACCGAAUUCUCUUUCUUUACAUCUUCACUAUGAGAGGAACCUGAAAGUUCCUCUGUUUUUAUUCAAGAUGCUCUGCUGCAAAAAUUCAGUUAAAAAUGGGCGUGGAUCUGUUCCUGUGUACUUAAACGUAUACGAUCUAACUCCGAUGAAUGGUUAUGCUUAUUGGAUUGGUCUCGGAGUUUACCAUUCCGGCGUUCAAGCUAGUUCAUGGAGUUGAGUAUGCAUUUGGAGCUCAUGAGUAUCCAAGUACCGGAAUUUUCGAAGGGGAGCCGAAAAAGUGUGAGGGAUUUAUUUUCAGGAAGACAAUUUUGAUCGGAUGGACGGAGAAGACACCUAGAGAAGUAAGAAGAGUUAUGGAAGAACUUGCUGAUAAGUAUAAAGGAAAUGCUUACAAUCUUAUUACUAAGAAUUGUAACCAUUUCUGUAGUGAUGCUUGUGUUAAACUCACUAACAAUCAAAUUCCCAGAUGGGUUAAUCGACUAGCAAGAAUUGGUUUCGUUUGCCACUGUAUCGUUCCAAUGAGCUUAAAGUCUACCAAAGUUCGCCACCAUCGGAUGGAGGACAAGGCAAGUGAAGGGACCAGCAAGAAACCUCAGAGCAACUUGAAUAACCAGACUCCAUCUUCGAAUCCAUCAGGUGAAGGGGACAAGAAGAAACCUCAGAGCAGCUCGAAUAAGCCCACUACAUCUUCAAAUCCAUCAAACAACAAGAAACCUCAGAGUAGCUCGAAUAAGCCGGCUCCUUCUUCAAAUCUUUCUUCAGCUUCUUCACAACCCCCUCCAAUUGCCAAAUCUACAAGUAGUAACAAAACCAAAAGUCCGCUACCUCCAUCUACGCCUUUGACGUCAGAUUCGAAUGCAUCCUAGAAUUUCCUGAUGCAGGAAAGGCCAAUGCUUUAUUUGAUUCAACUUUAUUCUUUUGCUCGUUUCGUCAUAAUGCUAACAAAUAUUGUAUAUGCAAAUGCUUUCAGUGAAAUGGAAAUCUAAAUAUGCAGCAACAAGCAAA